AUGGCAGUGUUUAACGAGGUAUUCAUUCCGUUGCCCACGUCCUGGAUUGCGAUUUGCCGCGAGCAUUGCAGAGCAGUGACGGCCAAGUCAAUUAUAUCGCAUAUCAAUUCGCAGCACCGCCAUAUAACCGCCCAGGUCCACCGGCGUAUUGUGGAGGAGGCGUCGGCGUUGCGGGACGAUGGUUUGUUGGCCGCCGAUGUACGCGGCAUCCGGUUCCCCAACGAGGUAGUGCCGGCCAUCGAUGGAUUGCCCGUGUGGAGCGACGGCAAAAAAUGCGUGCAGUGCGCGCAUAUCCGGCGGAGAGACGCGACAAUUCGGCAGCCCCAGAGAUCG